ACCAGGUCUAUUGGAGCUGCUGCUCUGAUGUUGGAGUAUUACUCCCGAACCACUGGUAUCAUAGGGACUAAAGUCAAACAUGUACAGGGAGAAAAUGUGAAACUACACUGAUGCAAAAUCAGGAAUGUUUACACAGUUUUUAAUGUGCCCUGGAUCCUUCCAGCAGGACCAUGGUUUCCAUGGUGUUGUGAUGUAUGCAGAUAACUUAUUCAUCCACAUGGCUCUCCCAUCAGGAGUUACAGGAAGCUGAUGUCAGAAACAGGGCAGAAGGGGAUGAAGGUGGAGAUGCUCCCCCUAAGGGUUGAUUGUUCUGACUUAAUGACAGAGCUCCAACUUUCACAUCAACCAUCUUUUACGUGAUCAUUCUUCUGAUAAGGACUCUGACAUUUUCUGUUGGAUGAAGGCUUCAAAAAAGACAAAAUCAGUCAGCAACCCUGCAGCUAUAAAGCUUCAGAAGGAUGGAAACAAUCUCCCAUCCCAUGAUGCCCUGUCACAGAUCCUACCAAAGUACAGCUACCUUUCCAAGGCAGUGGACGCUGAGCUCCAAGGAGCAGCCCAACAAGAACAGGAGAGACCAGCUGAGAGGCCAGAGACUACACAGGCCAACAAACCCAACAUAAACCACACCUAUCAAGUACAUCAUCCACAUAAGCGACCCCCUCUGCAUAACUUUGAGGAUGAUCCCCACAUGGCAGAGAUCACCGUCCUCCAAACUAAGGAGGUAGAAAACUAUCGUUCAGCCAUGAGCAGGAUGGCAGAAGACAUCAUAGCGCUGAGGACACAGGUGGUGACGUUGGAGGCAGAAAACAGCCAGCUCCGCAUUGAUCUGUCUCUGCAUCAGGACCUUGGCCGAGAUCUUCUUGAUGACACAGACAUUGAUGUCAUGACCAAGGCUGAGAUUGCUGAUCGUAUAGCCUCUCUGAAAUUCAAGCUGGCCAGUGAGACCAGUAAGGCUGCCUUGCAAAGGGACAGGAUCCAACAGCUGCAGAAUGACCUGAUUAAGAAGAAUGACAGUGAGAAAGAGCUACUAAAACUUCAGAGGGUUCACCAGCAGCAGCAGGAGGAUCAGAAGUACCAGCAGAGUCGAUUAGCAAAAAUGGCAACUUUGGAGGCCACAGUGAAACAGCAGGAAAAGACCAUUGAGAAGAUGGAGAAGGCAUUAGAUAGCAAACUCAGAGAAAAGAAUAAACAUAGUGGUGAUAAAAAGCUGGUGGUGAAAAAACAAAGAGGUGAGACUGACCACAUUAAGGAAGAGAUAGAGUCGGCCCUGGCAGCAGAAAACACUCGUCUCAGAGAAGAGCUGGACAGGAUUCGCCAGCAGCCGGCCCCAGUCAUUAUACACCAGUCAGCACAGCCACUCAAGACAAAAGAUGCACUGCCACUCAAGGAGAGACUGAGUUUACUGAACAAACUGGAUAAGGCUGAGGCAAGAGUCCAGACUCUGGAGACUCAGCUGGAGGAAAACUCUAAAUUAUGGGGCAGACAGAAACAAGAAAUGUUGACCAAACUGAUGGAGCACAGGCAUGGUUUUGUCCGGACAUCCACCACAAUCCUUCAUAAUGUUCCUUCGAAUGAGUGCAAGCCUCAGUCGUCUGGGGGCUUUCUGAAGGAAGACAAGGAGAUUAGCAAUAAGCGCUGUGUAAGCAAAUGCUGAUUUGUCAUCCUCUUAAUCUUUACUGUCUAUAAUGGUAAAUCAAUCAGUCACACCACUUACUGUAUUUAACAAAAGUGAACACAAAUUUAAAUAAUAUAUUUUACUUCUCACCCACACUGCUAUAUAAUUACUGAAUAAAGUUGGCUGCUGCAAGGUAAAGGUCACCAUUGUCUGCGGAUUGUAACUGUGAUCAGCAUUGUUGUUUAGAUUAUUCACUGUUCAGUUGUUGCUUUGUACCUUUCCCAGAUUAUCAAAUAUGUUCUUAUUACCAUGUAUUUUAUGGAGAAUAGCCUCACUCAUGCCAGUCAAGGGGCCAGUGUAUGAUCAUAUAGCAUUUUCGCACCUCUUAUUUUGCCAUUUUUUAAUUGCUGGAAGAUUUUAUGUAAUUUUGAUUUGUUGUACGGUUCAAAUACACGUCUCAUUCAAGCUGUAAUCUAUUGUCAGUAUAGAUAAAACUAAUAAUAAUUACAUGUUGCACCUGUUUAACACCAGUCUAGAAGAAAUAUUACUCCAGUGGUGCACAACCUGAUGCUUCCUAAGAUCAUCCAUAGGUAGUCAACUACUACCCACGUUUUAGAAGUUGACUACAAGUCAGCAAGUGAACUAUUUGACUAGAACUAAUCAACAAGAGACUCACAAAACAUUGCAAUAUGGAUUAUUUGUCCCACCCCUUGCACACAUAUGUUCACCUUUCUGUGAGCAGGGCAUGGGGGUUAACAAGGUAGUUAAGACAUUCCCUCUGUGCCAUAUUGGCCCAGUCAAUGACAUUAAUGGCCUCAGGAGAAUAUAGCCACCCCAAAUCAGCAAAGUAGCUUAACCUUCCAUGAAAUGUGGUCCCCUUCUUGGAGGGGGAUCACGAAAGGGGGUGAUGAGAAGAAAAACAAUUAGUGGAGAGAUUGAAAGAGCAGCAACAAGUUGACCCUUAAUUCCAUUCUUCUGCCAUAUGGUGACUGCUCUGUGGAGCCUCCGUCUACCUAAUUAGUAACUCAAGUGCAACUUACUGUUAUUGCGUGUUCACAACUCCUGGAAUCACGUUAAGCUGAUGGCUGUCAUUGCAUAUCGCUAAUAACAUCUAAUUCAGCUCUGUAAUCAGAUCAGAAAGUAGCAAAAACACAAAAAGUACUGAUGUGCCAUGUCCACAGUUUAAUUUCUGUAUGUAAUCCUGAUUAAGUCACUCUUGAUUUUAGGAAAACAACGUCGUAUUGAAAACAGAGCUCUUUCUGUUGGCCUAAACUGGUGUAUAAAAGGAUUACAAACUGGGGGCUGUCUAUGAGGGUUGUGAACACACACACGCACACACACACACACAAGCCUGCUGUCUGAAUGAAUUGUAUAAUCCUGAAAACAAGGACAAAAAAGUUUAGAUUUGGAAAGCUCCAAUAGUUGGAAUGGUGUACAUAAUAAUAGUACGCAGCGAAUUAGUUUUGGAUUAGGCACGUCACUAAUACAGCUAUCACAUAGGGAAAACUGGCUGCAGAUGCAAUAGUACAGUCAAUCUUAAAUCUGUAUACUAUCUUAUACUAGUGCUGCUGCUGCUGCUAGUUCAUAUAUAUAUUUCUGAUAUGCUUGAGGUUAUUGAGUAUUACCUCAAGUCAGAAAGCAGUGGAGAUGCAUUUAGCCCACUGUGAUGCAUAUAAAUAGAAACCAACUUCCUAAUGAUCUUAAAUCACUUUAUUUUCUGUUUCCUGUUUUCUUUUAUUAAAUCCCUCUACUGCAUUUGUAUUUUCUUUAUUCAAUUUGGGACAAUUGUUUGUGCUUAAUUUUGUUUUACUCUACUUGAAUUGAUUUUAUUCUCCUUAGUGUGUUGUGCUUUGUUUAAUGUUGUAAUGCACUUCUUUGCUUAAUGUAAAGCACUUUAAAUAGCUUUACGUUAGAUGUAUGUAAAUCACUGUAUCACUGUGUACUAUUAAAGCUUGUAUUGCUUCGGCUCGUGUACAAAAAACAACAA